CACAGCGCUCAGGAGUUUCUGCAAACGCCUCGGCGUAUAUAGUUAAUCUAAGUGCUUUCAAAUGGAUUUUUUCAAAUUUAUUCCAGGAACGAGAUGCUUCUAUAUUCAUUAAAUCUGUUGCAGAACCGUAUUGCGACAGUCUAACUUCAUGUCGUUGAAAAUGUAGACAAAAAACAAUCUCACGAGAGCAAAAGUGUUCAGUGAAAGUGGAAAUGCAUGAGGCCUUGGUUCUGCUUAUCCUGAUAGAGGAGGGUUUCGCAUUGGCACAGAAAACUCAAGCUUUGCCUCAGAAUGUGGCUGUUAUGGAUAAGAAGCCUGCUCACUGUGGAACUUUGAUCCAGACAGCAAAUGGAGGAUCAUUCAGUUCCCCAAACUACCCCAACACCUACCCGCCAAACAAGGAGUGUGUGUACAUACUGGAGGCCCAUCCACGGAAGAGAAUCCAGCUCACCUUCAAUGACAUCUACUACAUCGAGCCGUCCUUCGAGUGCCGCUUUGAUAACAUUGAAAUCCGUGAUGGGCCAUUUGUUUUCUCUCCGUUGAUUAAUCGGUUCUGUGGGGCAGAGAGUCCAGGGAUUGUCACCUCCUCUGGACGCUUCAUGUGGAUCAGAUUUACCAGUGACGAGGAGCUGGAAGGCAUGGGUUUCAGGGUGGAGUAUUCAUAUACUGCAGAUCCUGAUUUUCAUCUCCAUGUUGGAGGACUCUUGAAUCCCAUUCCAGACUGUCAGUUUGAAAUGUCUGGAUCAGAUGGUAUAAUCAGAUCUAGUCAAGUUGAGGAGGAAAACAAGGUAAAAUCAGGGGAAGCAUUGGAUUGUAUUUGGACCAUACGAGCUCCACCGAUGUCUAAGAUCUAUCUCCGCUUUCUGGACUAUCAGCUGGAGAACUCGAAUGAGUGUAAGAAAAACUUUGUUGCGAUCUAUGAAGGCAGUAAUGCCAUUGAAGAUUUAAAGGCCAAGUUCUGCAGCACUGUUGCCAAUGACAUCACACUUGACAAUGCCGUGGGUGUUGUUCGAAUGUGGGCCGACGAGACCAGCAAACUGAGCCGGUUCCGUAUGCUCUUUACAGUCUUUGCUGAACCUCCGUGUUUGGCCAACACAUUUUUCUGUCACAGCAACAUGUGCAUCAACAAUACUCUGGUCUGUAAUGGUGUUCAGAACUGUGUGUUUCCCUGGGAUGAGAACAAUUGCAAAGAAAAGAAGUCUAAAAGUUUUUUCCAGCAAAUGAGUAAAACUCAUUGCAUUGUGAUUGGAGUGGCCACUGGUGUGGUCUUUCUUCUUCUCAUCAUAUCUGUAUUUAUACAGAUGAAGCAGCCGAGAAAGAAGGUUUUGAGUCGUAAAGGUUUAUUCAGUGCUGCAGAGAUGCAGGAGGUGCUGGAGCCGCCUCAGUAUGAGCUGUUCUCCAUGCGGGAAGCUGAUCUACCGGACGAGCUGUCGGACGAGCUGGAGAGUCUGCAGAAACUCCGCCGGUCCUCCAGCGUGUCCCGCUGCGUCCACGAGCAUCACUGUGGUGCUCCGAGCAGCGCUGCCUCCAUUGUUAUGGCAAACAGAGCGCAUCAUCUCUCGCAGGCCUCUGAUGAGCUGAGUACGGUCAUUGGGGCCAGAGGCUGGGGCAGUUUCCAUGGACGCAGGAGCAGCUCGCGCCCUUUUACACACGAUCCCCGUUCACACGCUUACAGCGCACAGAGUCUGCACGAGGCAUUUGAAGAUGAAGAUCUGGGGCUGGAGGGACGUGUAAUGGAAGAAAUCGGCUACAAUGAUGUUUUCGCCCGUGGACGCAAUGUCGUGAUGGUACGUAACCAUGCCAACCCUGUUCAGCAGCGUUCCCUCUCUAUGGACUUCUGAGUGGAAGGUUAGAAGUCAGCUGACACUUCUUAUUUUGUCCUCUUUAAAAAUACAAUAAUAUAAUACACUGCCCGGCCAAAAAAAAAAAGUCGCUGUUUGGAUUUAAAUAGGCAAAUACUUAAGAGUCUAUGAAUGGAUCAUUAUCGAUGUUAUUAUUAUGUUUCUAGCAUGUUAUAUGUUUGGCAACAGUUCUUCUAACCCUAAUUGAUGGAGUGUGUAGCUUUUCAUUCCUUAAACAACCAUGUAGGAAGAUAAUGGCCAUAUUCCGGGAUGACAGUUUCAAGGUUCAUCAGGCUCAAAGUGUGAAAGAAUGGUUGGGAGGGAGCAUAAAGAAUAAUUUUCACACAUGAACUGGCACCUCUGAGUCCAGACCUUAAAUUCAUUGAAAGUCUUUGGGAUGUGCUGGAGUAGACUUUACAGAGUGCUCACCUCUUACAUUGUCAAUACAAGAUCUUGACCAAAAAUUGAUGCACCUCUUGAUGGAAAUAACAUACCAUUUCAUACCAUUUCUGUCUUUUUUUUUUAUUUUUAUCUUGACCAGUAUUUAAAAACGCACAGGUGCUGAGGGAGACUCGGCGAGCGUCCCCCAACAAACAGUAGAUAUACGAAAUUGAAUACUAAUACGAAACAACAUGAUUAAAUGUGGAGAUGAUUAAAGCAGCAUCAAAACCGUUAUAUAUGCAUCACAUUUAUGAACAUCGCCUUAAAAUGUAUAUACUGCUACGUGAGCUCAUAAUAUAAGUAUCAUCAUAAUGUAAUUUUUAUCUGUAAUUUAAUGCACAAAUAAAUGCGAGUCCCUUAUUUGUACUCAAACAGGCACCAUUAUGCCAUAGUUGGCAGAGUACAAAUGGAAAUAAAUGGAUUGCAUUUAAUUGUUUAUUAAAUUACAGAUAUUACAUUCUGGCAUUUGUUUUAUGUGCUGCUGCCAUAUGGGGAUUCAAAAGAGAACAUAUUUUUGUCCUUUGUAAUGAGGUUAAGUAUGAUAGAAUUUUUGCAAUUUAUUUAUUUUGGUAACUAAUUGGAUGUCAAACAUUUAGGGCCCUAUUUUAAUGAUCUAAGCGCAUGGUCUGAAGUGCAUGGCGCAGGUCCAUUUAGGGCAUGUCCAAAUCCACUUAUGUUAAUUUAAUGAUGGAAAAAAUGGUCGGCGCAACCAAAAUGGUUGUACCUAAUGAGUCGUUGGUGUGUUUUGGGUGUAAUGUGCAAUAAACCAAUCAGACUGUCAUCUCCCAUUCCCUUUAAAAGCCAGGUGUGCUUGCACCAUGGCGGAUUGCUAUUUACAUGGCGGAAUAUAGACACCCUCAACCUGACGAGUCAGUUUAAAUACAUGUGUGUACUGCCACGAUUGGUCAAAUAAUUAGCCAGUUUCAUUCGUCAUUACUGCAAAUAGGUAAUUCUGAUACAUGGAAUGACUAUCCAUUAUGACAUGUAGGAAUUUUUAUCUUUAUGUACACAAUAAUAAUCUUUUACAUUGAAAUCCUUUAAAUAACAAAAAAAUUCCUACGCCAUUGACUUUAGACCAGGUUUUUGUUAGUCAAUGGCACAGUCGUUUUUAAGUCGCCUCAAAAUAGCAACACGCCAACAAUGUGCCUGAACACACCUCGUUUUCAGAUCAGCAUGUCCAUGGGUGAACAGAUGGGCACGAGUGCAUUUGCUUUAUAACUUGGGCACUGGACGUAAAAAUGAUAACUGCAUCGGGCUGAAACUAGCAAAAAACACUUGUCGCGCCUGCCGUCGCAUUGUGCCGGGUGUAUGAUAGGGCCCUUAGUAUUUAAUUUUUAAUUUUUCAGUUGCAAGUUUUUGAAACAGAUCUCACAGUCUAGGAUUAAGGGAAAAAAAGGCCAAAUUCAGUGAGUAUUACUUGAUCUAUUACAUACACCACUACACUACAGUUACAAUUAAGUAUAAUUAAAUGAUGUUUAUUAACAAAGUUCGGGAGGAAUACGUUCAAAUUAUCUAUCCAAUCAGCAUGAGAGGAGGCCUAUAUAUACAUAGCCGACACACCUAUGUUUCUCGACAGUUUUCUGCAUCCCUCCGCCACUCUGACUCCUCAUUCUCAGCUUCCUAUCUCACACCGGGAUAUGGGGGGAGUACUCUUGGUUUGGGCCAAAUUCCGAGCUUGGAGCCCUCCUAUCGGACAGCAUGCAAAAUACACAUACUCUCUUACUCUAUCUGAUUAUUUGUAAGUGUGAACUCGUGAAUUGUGAGUUGUGUUGUAGGCACUGAAACAGUCCAGUACGUUAUAGUCAAACUCUUUUUCUUUUCUUUUUUUUUUUUUGAAUGAUGAGCAUUUCUGUGCCACCCCAGACUGGUUGCUGGCCCCUGCCUGGCCACGCCAAUGAAAAUAUCCUGGCUCCGCCAAUGGGUACAUAGCUGUAAAUGUUCACAUUUGCCCACACCUUCUUUUAUUAUUUUACUAUUUUAUUUCAACUUUUUUUUUGUCGUUCUCAGUAUUAUGUGUGACCCUCUUUUGCCGUUCCUAUAAUUGAUUUUAAGCCAAGUCCAGUAUUUUUUAUUGGUGUUAUUCUCAUUCCUCAAUGCUAGAUUGUAGGAAGGGCGUGUUUCUACCACACCUGACAAUGGCAGGUUAAUUAGCAGUAAAUUCCCAUUUGCAUUAGAAAGCUGAAUUUUCAGCAUCAUUACUCCAGUCUUCAGUGUCACAUGAUCCAUCAGAAAUCAUUCUAAUAUGCUGAUUUGAUAAUUAACAGUUAAUGUCACUUAAUGAGUGACUCUGUUGUGGUGAAGGUACUAUAGUUUUAUGGGCAAAAUUUUCAUACUGUCAGAAACAACAGUCCUUCAUGUAAAACAUGCCUUGGCUUAUACUCAUUUAAACCUAAAUCUCCCUCUGGAAUAAAGAUAUAUAUAUAUAGACAUUAAUGUGAAAAUGCAAAGAGUAUGGAGAGGUGGGAAGAAGGACGGUGUCUGUAUUUCAUUUUGUUUACUUUUCCCCUUUUCUUUCAACCAAAUUAAUCUCAGCCAGGUCGGAGUGUACUGUAUUUGAUAUUGUGAUUGUGUUUUUAGAGGAAGCAGUGAUGCUCACUGGGAUUUAUUGAGAAAGAGUCAAUCAUUUCUAAUUUGAUGUUUAUGGUGUAGCCUACAUGGGGAUUACCAAGAGGAUUGUCAUAUGAAAUUGAGCCAUUCUGUGGAAAUAAACAUCAUGUGUCAACAUAGAAAA